AUGUAAAGAGUAAAAUGUGUGGUCACUAGGUAAAUUGGUUUAAUUUUAAUUAUAGUAUAAAAUGAUUUCAGUUAUGAGAUAAAAUGAUGCUGAUUAUGAACUAAAGUAGUUAUAAUCAACUGUUUAAAAAAAACAGAUGAAUUGUGCUACGAUGCUAUUUGGUGAAUGCCAUUUGGUUUUUACGUCAUUCGCAACCCCUGGAUAUUGCAAGUUAGGAUUAUUGCAGAGAAUCUUAAUUCUCCUAACCCUAAGGUAGACACACCAUUGCUAUCAUUUUGUUCCCUCUCAACCAAUUUUAUGUGUUGGAGACCACUAUUUUAACCCAUUGCUAUCAUUUUGUUCCCUCUCAACCAAUUUUAUGUGUUGGAAGACCACUAUUUUAACCCAUUGCUAUCAUUUUGUUCCCACUCAACCAGUUUUAUGUGUUGAGAACUGAGGAGCUCAUGAGCAGCUCAAUUUCUUAUUAAUAAUUCAAGAGUCCACACCAACAUAUAUUAUUUGGAGUAUGUAAAAACUAAAAAUAUGUAAAUAGUGAAUCUAACAUAUAUUAAGAUAUAUUAUUUUUACUUUUUAUCUAAUGUACAAUUUUACCUUCUGACAUGUUCCAAUAUCAUCACAUCACUAAAAUUCCACUGCAAGCAACCACCACUUCUGACUAGGGCCCCCUAUAAAACCAUUUGAAAGCAUCCAAAACAUGAGCCACUCAACACUACCUGAACUACUUCAGCUACAAGAGUCACAAAGGCAAAUCCCAUGACAACCCUAUCUUCAUUUCUGAUCUAUUCUCUUCUUUCCUCCUCACUUCUCUCAAUUACUAGGGCUCAAGAUCGAGCUCCACACGGGUUUGCUUAUAAGAACCCCACAGCUUUCUCACCAUCAGCAUUUGAUUUCUUCCACCAAAACACUAACGGUGAUCAGCCAAUUACCCGAUACCCUUGUGCUGGAACAAUUUGCUCACCAUUGGCUCUAGCAGUUACAGUGGAAUCAGCGCUGGCACAUGAGAGCAAAUCGACAGGACCGGAGAUGGGUGGGAAACAAGUGGGAGCAGGUGCCAUUGCCGGGAUGGUGUUUGGUUUCGUAUUUGUGGUGAUUUUGGCAAUGAGAGUCUACUAUGGGGUGGUCACUCGUCAAGCCAAUUUAAGUCGAAGUUAUUGUGUUCAACUUCAACCUGCUUGAUAUGCUCACAGUGAGUGUGUUGAGGCAUCCUAACUAGACUCCGCCUUAUACUUCUUAGGCUGUAUUUUUUUUUUUUCUUUCUUUUUACGUACCAUCUGAUUUAUAGUUCAAUAAUCCAUCAUUUUGUUUUCAUUAA